CCGCUGACGUCCCUCCGCCCGCGGCUCCCGGCCGCCCUUUCCCGCUCCCCGCCGGCGGCGGCGGCUCCCCGCGGCGGAGCAUGGCCCCCCCCGCGCCCCGGGCGCUGCCGCUCCCGCUGCUCCUGCUGCUCCUGCUCGUCCUCCAGCGCCUCGCCGCCUCCCCCAAGCUCAACAUCCCCAAGGUGCUGCUGCCCUUCACGCGCGGCACUCACGUCAACUUCACGCUGGAGGCCAGCGAGGGCUGCUACCGGUGGUCCUCCACCAGACCGGAGGUUGCAAGCAUAGAGCCGGCAGACCAGGGCGAGCGCCAGUGUUCGCGGAAGGCUGUUGUCCAGGCACGGUCCUCGCAGCCCACGCGUCUGACAAGUAUCAUCUUUGCUGAAGAUAUAACGACUGGACAAGUUCUUCGUUGUGAUGCUAUAGUUGAUAUAAUUCAUGGCAUCCAAAUUGUGUCCACGACAAGAGAACUUUAUCUCGAAGAUUCACCACUAAAGCUAAAAAUUCAAGCUUUGGAUUCUGAAGGAAACACUUUCAGCACAUUGGCAGGAUUAGUCUUUGACUGGACGAUAGUAAAAGACACGGAGGCUGAUGGCUUCUCAGAUUCCCACAAUGCAUUGCGUAUACUCAAGUUUUCAGAAUCCACUUAUAUUCCACCCUCGUAUAUACUGGAGAUGGAAAAAGUUGCCAAGCAAGGAGAUACCAUUUUGGUGUCUGGAAUGAAAACAGGGAGCUCUAAAUUAAAAGCAACAAUACAGGAAAACGUCUAUAAGCAUGUACAUCCUGCAGAAGUCAGAUUGCUUAUUUUGGAAAACAUCCUUUUAAAUCCGGCAUAUGAUGUUUAUCUUCUGGUAGGAACAUCAAUUCAGUACAGAGUUCAGAAAAUAAGACAAGGAAAGAUUACAGAAUUAAUGAUGCCGUCUGAUCAGUAUGAGCUGCAGCUCCAGAACAACGUGCUUGGCCCUGAGGGAGAUCUGUCUUGGCCGGUUGCCCAGUUGGACCAGGCAACGUCAGUUGUAACUGCAGUGCAGCAGGGACAAACUAAUCUCGUACUUGCGCACAAGAGUAUUCGCAUGCAAGGGGUUUCCAGGUUACCAAACAGCACUAUAUAUGUUGUAAAUCCUGGUUAUUUAGGUUUUACGGUUCAUCCAGGUGACAGAUGGGUCCUAGAAACAGGCAGACUUUAUGAAAUUACAAUAGAAGUAUAUGAUAAAUCAAGCAAUAAAGUGUAUUUAUCUGAGAAUAUCAGAAUUAAUACAAAGCUCUCUGAAGAGUAUUUUGAGAUCCUGAAGUCGUCUCUGAAUGGAUCAUAUCAUUAUGUGAGAGCAAUAAAGAAGGGUCAGACCAUUAUUGAUGCUGCACUGACAUCAGUAGUAGAUCAGGAUGGAGGUGUACACACAUUCUCAGUUCCAGUGCGAAACCAGCAAGAAGUUGAAAUUUAUGUUCCAAUAGUUCUUUCACCCAGCAUUUUGACGUUUCCUUGGCAGCCAAAAGCAGGAGUCUACCAGUACACCAUACAGGCACAUGGUGGAAGUGGAAAUUUCAGCUGGUCCUAUUCUAACCAGGCAGUUGCUACGGUGACAGUCAAAGGAGUAAUGACAACUGGAAGUGAUAUUGGCAUCAGUAUUAUUCAGGCAAUUGAUGUUCAGAAUCCAUUGCAUUAUGGAGAAAUGAAGGUGUAUGUAACUGAACCUAGCGGGAUGGAGUUCAUGCCAUGUCAGGUUGAAGCACGUGUUGGCCAAGUAUUGGAGCUGCCCCUGAGAAUUAAUGGCCUAACCAAUGUUGAAACAGGCGAGACAGUCCCACUGAGCGACUGCUCACACUUCGAUCUAGUUGUGGAAGUAGAAAACCGUGGCGUGUUCGUGCCAUUGCAAGGAAGGCUUAAGCCAACUGCUGAUUUUUGUAGUGGAGUCAAAGUGAAAGCUGAAACUCAAGGAUACACAACACUUGUUGUUAGUUAUACCCACAGUCAUGUCCACCUCAGCGCUAGCAUCACCAUUGCUGCCUAUCUACCAUUAAAAACUGUUGAUCCUCCAUCCGUUGCUUUAGUGACUCUGGGUUCCUCUAAAGAUAUGUUAUUUGAGGGAGGACCUAGACCAUGGGUACAAGAGCCUUCCAAGUUCUUCAGGAACAUCACUGCUGAGGAUGAAGAAAGUAUUGGCCUGUCUUUAUUUGGGCUUCCUACAUCUCGGAAUAACAUCCAGCAUUGGGUUCGAGUAUCUUGCAAAAGCCUGGGAGAGCAAGUUAUUGCCUUAACAGUUGGAAACAAUCCCACGGUGACCAACCCUUUUCCAGCAGUUGAGCCUGCUGUGGUGAAGCUUAUCUGUGCUGUCCCGUCACGACUCACUUUGACUCCUGUUUAUGGAAGUCCUCAGCUCGAUCUCUCCUGCCCUUUGCUGCAACAAAACAAGCAAGUGGUUCCUGUUUCAAAUUAUCGCAAUCCGGUAUUGGAUUUGUCUGCUUAUGACCAACAGGGAAGUAAAUUUGAUAACUUCAGUUCCCUGAGUGUUAUCUGGGAAUCAACAAAAAUGUCUUUAGCUAAUAUUGAGCCUAAUAUGCCAAUGGAAUUGAUUCUGAAAGAAGAUGGAAGCAGUCAAAAGAAAAUGCAUGGCUUACAAACUGUCCUAGUUCAUCACAAGUCUGGAACAACUGCUAUUUCUGCAACUGCAACAGGAUACCAACAGUCUCAUCUCAAGGCAGCUAAAGUAAAAAUACCGUAUGAACCUCUUCUACCUGUGUCUGCUGCUAUUGAGCUGAUUCUAGUGGAAGAUGUAAAAGUCAGCCCUACCGAUGUCUCCAUUUACAAUCACCCUGACAUACAGGCAGAACUGUUCAUCAAAGAAGGUUCUGGAUACUUUUUCAUUAAUACCAGUGUUGCAAACAUUGUCACUGUGAGUCAUGAGGAAACUCAAGGUGUUGCUUUGGUGCAUCCUCUGCUUCCAGGAUCAGUGACUGUAAUGAUUCAUGACUUGUGUUUGGCUUUCCCUGCACCAGCUAAAGCUGAAAUUCAUGUAUCUGAUAUACAGGAACUGUACGUCCGAGUUGUUGACAAGGUGGAGAUUGGAAAAACAGUUAAGGCUUAUGUCAGAGUUCUGGAUGACUCUAAGAAACCUUUUCUGGCUAAAUACUUUACUGUCAUGGAUCUAAAACUAAGGGCAGCAUCUCAAAUUGUUUCACUUGUCCCACUUGCUGAAGCUCUUGAUGACCAUACUGCUGCAUUUUUAGUGCAUGGGGUGGCCUUAGGUCAGACUAGUCUUAUGGCAACUGUUACGGACAGAAGAGGACAAAGAAUAAAUUCUGCUCCACAACAGAUUGAAGUCUUUCCCCCAUUUAGACUACUGCCAAGGAAAGUGACCCUGAUUAUAGGGGCCACGAUCCAGAUCACUUCAGAAGGAGGCCCUCAACCUCAAUCCAACAUCAUUUUCUCCAUCAGCGAGGAAAAGAUUGCAUCAGUCAACAGCGCUGGACUCAUCAGAGGAGUGGCAGUUGGGAAUGGGACAGUAACAGGAGUGGUGCAAGCUGUUGAUGCAGAGACAGGGAAGGUGGUUGUGGUGUCCCAGGACAAAGUGGAAGUUGAAGUUGUACAGCUGACAGCUGUUAGAAUUCAUGCACCAAUUACACGAAUGAAAACCGGUACACAGAUGCCAGUUUAUGUAAUGGGCAUCACGAGUAGUCAGACACCGUUUUCGUUUGGUAAUGCAGUGCCGGGGUUAACAUUCCACUGGUCUGUCACAAAGAGGGAUACUUUGGACAUAAAGACAAGACACAACGAGGCUUCUUUUCAGCUUCCUGCGAAAUACAAUUUUGCAAUGGAUGUUUAUGGCAGAGUAAAGGGAAGAACAGGCCUGAAAGUUGUUGUGAAGGUCCUUGAUCCUGCAGCUAACCAGUUUUACAACAUGGCAAGAGAACUGUCUGAUGAAAUCCAAAUUCAGGUAUAUGAAAAACUUCAUCUAGUCACUCCAGAAGUGGAAACAGAACAGAUUUUAAUGUCACCAAAUUCCUUUAUUAAACUUCAGACGAACAGGGACCGAGUGGCUUCCCUGAGUUACCGUGUCCUGGAUGGACCAGAUAAAGUUCCUGUUGUAAAAAUUGAUGAAAGAGGUGUCCUUAAUUCUGGGUCUUUGAUAGGGUUAUCAACAAUUGAAGUAAUCUCACAAGAAUCAUUUGGGAUUAACCAGACAAUUGUAGCUGCUGUUAAGGUGUAUCCCAUCUCCUACCUCAGGAUCUCCAUGAGUCCUAUUCUGCACACGCAAAACAAAGAGGCAUUACUGGCUCUACCUCUGGGUGUGACACUGACGUUUACAGUACAUUUUCAUGAUAACUCUGGAGAUGCUUUCCAUUCACAUAAUUCUGUGCUUAGCUUUGCAACAAACAGAGAUGACUUUGUACAAAUUGGGAAAGGACCCACCAACAACACAUUUGUUAUCCGGACUGUGAAUGUAGGCUUGACCUUGCUUAAAGUUUGGGAUGCCGAACACGGUGGAAUUGCAGACUACGUCCCCCUUCCCGUGCAACAUGCCAUUUUUCCUGAACUUAUAGAUGUGGUAGUAGGUGAUGUCCUCUGCCUGAGUAGUUCACUGAUAAACCAAGAAGGCCUGCCAGGCAUAUGGAGCUCCUCCUUAAGUAGUGUCCUUCAAGUUGACUCCAAGACUGGUGUAGCUGUGGCAAGGGAUUCUGGUGUUGCCACUGUCUAUUACGAAAUUCCUGGAUUACUUAAAACAUACAGAGAGAUAAUCAUUAAUAUACCUCAGAGGACUACAGCAAUGCAUGUAAGUGGAGUGAAAACCAGCUUAGAAGGAGUUGCAGCCUCCAAAGUAAUAGUUUUGAUUGGAGAAGGAAAUAAAAAUUUGAAAGGAGAGUGCUUGCCUGCUCAGAUUGAAGUCAUUGCUGAAUUACAGCCGCAGUCCAUUAUCAGUUGCCAUCUAAAUUUUAAUGGUGAUACAUUUGACUUCCCAGCACAUGAUAUUUUCAUAGCAGAACCUGGAUUUGAUGCAGUUUCAGGACAUUACACCUGUUCCAUCACAAUGCACAGGCUCACUGAUAAGCAGCUGAAGCAUCUCAGCAUGAGUAAAACUGUGCUCAGGGUUACAGCUUCAAUCCAAGGCAGCCACAUCUCCGCGGAACAGAUUGGCACUGAUGUGCCAUUCAAUCCCGGGUUUUAUGCUGACCAAACAGAAAUGCUUUUAAGUAACCAUUACACGAGCUCUGAUGUGAAAAUUUUUGGCGCCACUGAAAUACUUGAUACCCUGGAGGUGAAAUGUGGGUCACCAAUGGUGAAGGCAUUAGAGAAGGAGAAAUCCUAUGGGCUGCCUAGUUAUGUAGUCUACACCGUCAGUCUGUCUGAUCCAAGGGUUUCAAGCCAGGGAACCUUAUCAACUACUCUAACUGUCUCUAGUCCUAUGACUGACCAGUCUAUCACUAUCCCAGUAACAGUGAUUUACUUGACUGACAGAACCAGUGCACCAGUGAGGCAUGGAGCAAGUCUAUUCCAACACUUCCUUGAUUCCUAUCAAGUAAUGUUCUUCACGCUUUUUGCACUAUUAGCAGGGACAGCUGUUAUGAUCAUAGCCUAUCAUGCAGUGUUCUCACCAAAAGAACAGCACACUCAUCCAGCAUUUACCCCAAGGACAACGCCUCAGUGCAGCCCUAACAGUUUCCCUGCAUCACCUGUGCUUUCCUUCAGUCCUCAGUCCUCAGGCAGGAGAACAAGCCCAUCAUCCCCACUCUGGAGCACCAGUUAUGGUUCACGUUAGAGAAAAAAGGACUCAUCAUCAUGCACUAGGACUAAGGAAAAAAAAAGCAGUGCCUUUAACGAUAAAUUUCAGAACUGUUGCAGUUUUGAUGCAAUUCAAGUCAUCUCUUGAAUAUAAUUUCAUAAUUUUUUGUAAUGAUUUUAAUAUUUAGAGCUCUUUGCAUUUUUUUUAUGUCAUUGCUUCAGUUAUCUAGAACUUAUUUUAUCUGCUGUUUUAUGCUCAGUUGACAAGGUUGAAUGGACAAAAAGCAGUGUUCAUGCUAAGCUAGCUUUCUUGCACUUCAAGCAGGUAGAAGUCUGAGUGAUAGUGAUCAAAGUUUUUAUUUACUUUUUGUAAAAAUUAACUUUCUUUUUAAUGAACUUUUUUUAAAGGGAAAUAGAGGAACAGGUCAAAUAUGAGCCAAAAAUAUGAAGGAUUGUAUAUUUCAAAUUAGUUUUUUAUUUUGAGUUAGACUCAGGAAUGUACUGCACUGAUAAGUAUUCUUAUGUUUAGCCUUACAAUGUGAUCAAUGUGAUUCAUCAACAUAAUUUGCUGUUUAAACAUUGGGAAUGCUGGAACAACUGUGAAUAGAUUUAAAGGUUUUUUUGUUUGUUUUUGGUUUUUUUAACUAAAAAAAUAAAACUGUCUUUAAAGUGUGGCUUCCUUUGGGUACAACUGCAGUAUUCCCUUCUUGUUAUUGUGUAAGCACUUUUUUUGGACUGUGAAUGUGAAAGCAUGUACCUUCUAAGAGGAUCUUUCUUCUGAUGGUAAAUGUUUUUAACUGAAGGCAGUUAUCUUACCUGUGUUCUGAUCAUAAAUAUAAUACGUUUUACGUAUAGAAAUACCUCAGUAGGAACUGAGCCUCCUUUUAUUACCACUGGUCACCUGAUACACUGGAAAGUAAGUGGCUUAUUUCAUAGUUACUGUGAGUGACUUUUUCAGUUGGUUCAGUGUUGCUAACCUCUCUUAUAUGUGUACAUACUAUGUGUACGUACUAAUACAGCCACACCCAGAAUUUUGAUCUAACCUAUACAGUAAGAUAUUACUGGUAUGACCAGACUUUGGAAUACUUGUACUGCAAAAUCCUACUACAAAGUGCUUGUUUGUUGAUCUGUUAAAUACAAUGUAGCAUUUCACUGCAUAUGUAUUACUGAUUUUUUUUGGUUGAUUUGUGACAGUUUUUUUUUCCCCUGAAUAGCUAUGAUACAGAUAUAAAAUGUACAAUUCAGAGUACGUUAGAAAGUAUUCUGCUAAAUCAGGCAGUUGAUUGCUUUGUAUGCUCAGAUGUAUUUUGCUUUCUAAAAAAGAUGGCGGUGAGGUAUGCUGACUGGAACUUCUUUCUAAAUAAAUUUAAUUUUAAACAGUUGGGGGGGAGGACACUGGUUACAAUAGUUGGUAAUACUUCCCUGAGGAUGGAAAAUGCCAAUGGCGUAUAGUUUUGAUUUCAUGCAGUAGUGCAAAAAAGCAACAUUGAUGCAUAUUAUUCUAAGUUUUGUAUAAUUUAUUUGCCUGUUUUGGAAAAAUGUGUGCCUUACAUGCUACUACUAAAAGUUGACAAUUCAGGUGUAAAUAAAUAAUCAUUUCUACCUGUAUUAUUUAAUAAAGCUUUGUAAGAUUC